AUGGCGAUCCUAGACGUCGCCGAGCCGCUGGGCUUUGAGCCCCGCGACCACGGCCUCGUGCCCCGCCGCGCCCACGACGCCGCCUUUGUCGACGGCAAGCUGACCUUCACCUCCCAGCGCGGCACCGAGUCCGUCCGCCCGGAGGAGGUUGUCUUCGUCAUCCCCGCCCACAGAGACCUCGCCUCGAGCCCCAUCAUCUGCGCUCUCAGAGAGGACCCCGAGGCCAAGGAGUUCCCUUAUCAGCUCGAUAUCCUCUUCGUCGAGGGCGACUUGCCCGCCGAGCUCACCGACGGCCUCUUGCUCUCGCAGUUCCCGGGGCACCUCAGCCCGAAGCCGGGCAGCCAUGAGGUGCACUUUGUUGUGUCUACCAAGUCGGGCCUGGGCCACGCACCAAAGUUUUGGGAGGGCGUCGUCCAGCCCUUGGUCCUCCUUGCUGGUCAGAAAACGUCCGGCGGCCAGUCUUUGACUUUUACUUCAGAACCACCCACCCGGCAUGGAGAUGAUGGCAAGCCCAGAUACAACCUCCUGGUGACCACGGAUGCAGACAGCGUCCGCACCUUUGCGAAAGAGAGGUGGGCCGCGAGACAGCAAAUCUCGUCGAGCGAGGCCUCCCCUGCCAGGACAGAGACCAUUAUUCUCCUGAGCGGCGACGGAGGCGUCGUCGAUCUCCUCAACGGAUGCGAGGAGACGGACUCCACAACCGCGCUGCCGACCCUCGCCCUCCUGCCGCUGGGCACCGGCAACGCCGCCUUCCACUCCCUUCACAAGCCGCUGUACACCGAGACGGGCCCCUCGCACAUGGUCCUCGGCCUCCGCACCCUCUUCUUCGGCGUCCCGGCCCCGCUCCCGGCCUUCCGCGCCUCCUUCUCUCCGGGUUCCAGGCUGGUCUCCUACACGGCGGACCCGGGCGCCCACGCCCCCGAGGACGUGUCCCGCCACGACACGAGCGUGGACCACCUCUUUGGCGCCAUCGUCGCCAGCUACGGCUUCCACGCGCAGCUCGUCUGGGAGAGCGACACGCCCGAGUACCGCAAGCACGGCGACAAGCGGUUCGGCAUGGUGGCCCAGGAGCUGCUAAAGGAAAGCCACGCCUACGCCGCCAAGGUGGAGGUGCGCGGGCCGGACGGCGUCACGCGGGCCGUCGAGAGGGAAAAGUUCGCCUACGCGCUCGCGGCGCUCGUGUCGAACCUGGAGAAGACGUUCACCAUCUCCCCCGGCAGCGGGCCGCUGCAGGGCCGGCUGAAGCUGGUGCAUUUCGGCGCCGUCGGCGGGGAGAAGACGAUGGAGAUCAUGAUGGCGGCGUACAAGCAGGGCUCGCACGUCGGCAUGCGCUGGACGGACGCCGAGGGCAAGGAGGACUACCUCGGGUACGAGGACGCCGAGGAGGUGCGGGUGACGACCGGGGAGAGCGAUCCGCGGUGGAGGAAGGUCUGCAUCGACGGGACGAUUGUCGAGAUUCCCGAGGGCGGGUGGAUGGCUGUGUCCAAGCUGGAGAGGCCGCUGUUCAGGGUCCUUGCUGAGCGGUCGAUAUUGUAG